AUGGCUAAGGUGACCAUUCGCGAGGUUGAAGUUUUGAAUAAUAAUUGCAGCUUCGUCGACAAGUUCCAGUUCAAAAUCAGAUUCGACUGUAUCGAAGACCUACAGGAAGAUUUGGACUGGAAAAUCUUGUAUGUCGGUAGCGCAAACUCAACCGAAUUCGACCAAGAAUUGGAUGAAUUAUCUACAGGUCCGAUUCCCGUUGGCGUCCACGAGUUCGUACUUGAAGCAGACGGGCCCGAUCCGACGAAGAUACCCGCCUCGGAAAUUGUCGGCGUCACAGUGGUUUUAAUCACGUGCAGUUACAGAACGCAGGAAUUCGUCAGAAUUGGCUACUACAUCAACAACGAGUACCAAGACGAGCAACUGCGAGAAGAUCCACCAGAACAGCCAAUCAUCGAAAGACUGUCACGUGUGAUCUCAACCAAUCCCCGCGUGACCCGUCUGCAAAUCAACUGGGACGGAACAGAAAACAUCAUGCCCGAACAGAAGACCAUCUCCGACGAUUUCGGCUUUGGCGAGCUGCUGUCCGAGGCGAUUGCCGAUGAACCCGGUAAACCAAAGGGAGCAAAUCAGCCCCCAAUGCAGCAAGCACGACCCGGAUUCGUCGAGAACUCGAUGGACUGUCACAACGUGGAGAUGAACAUCGAUUGA